AUGAAGGCAUAUGUAUUACCAGAUAGUGGUGCACGUUAUGAACCACCUCAACAAGGUCUUCAUCGAAAACGAUUUUGUACAGAUAUUCCAUGUUGUUUAAUCUUUCUUAUAUUUAUCAUUGUAUUUAUUAUUUUAAGCAUUUUUGCAUUUAAAGAAGGCAUUCAAGGAAAUCUUUGUGGUACAGGCAUUUUUCUUGAUCGACCAUAUUUAUAUUUUUUUGAUUGGACACAAUGUAUCAAAGCAUUUAAUAUUCCAACUAAUAUAUUAAAAGGUCGUCCAUUUAUUUGUCCAACAACACAAGUUUGUGUUCAACAAUGUCCAAAUAAAACAUCUUAUUAUAAAUUUCAAAAUUAUUAUACAAAUCGAAUAUGUACAUAUGAUGUGGAUACAACAGACAAUGACAAUGAAAAAUUAGUCAAUGAUGGAAAAUGUGCAGUAUAUAUCAUAGCUAGUAAACCACUUUUUGGUCGAUGUAUUCCCGAACAAAUACAAAGUUUAACAAAUAGUAUAAUUCAAGCGACCGAUACUAAUGGUGUAAAUCAGACUGUGUAUGAUUCAAAUAGACAACCAUUAAAUGGUACAAAUCUUGCACAGGGUGUAAAAUAUUUGGUUGAUUUAUUGAAUUUAAAACAAAUUGGAGUAUUUCUUAUUGAAGAUUUUAUAAUAUCAUGGAAAUAUAUUUUAAUUGCUUUAACUUUUGCUGCAAUUGUAUCUUUUGUAUGGAUUGUAUUAAUGCGUUGGCUUGCUAAACCAAUUGUUUGGCUUGGAAUACUAUUAUUCAUUUUUUUAUUAGGUAUUGUAACUGGUUUAUCAUUUUAUGAAUUUACUCAACUUCGUCAAAAGAAUGAUAAUCAAAUAAUUACUGAAUUUAAAUUUGUUACUGAUGCUAAUUAUUAUCGAAAUUUACCAAUAACAUGGUUAAUUAUUGGUAUUAUAUCGGGUCUUCUUCUUAUCAUAUCAAUAUUGAUUCUUUUAGCAAUACUUAAACGUUUACGAAUUGCUUUAGCUAUUCUUAAAGAAGCAUCAAAAGCUGUUGGUUAUAAUUUUUUUAGUCUUUUUUGGCCAUUUAUUCCAUUUUUAUUACAAAUUGGAGUCUUUUUUUAUUGGGCUAUUGUUGCCAUUUAUUUAGCAACAUCAGGAAAACCUAUUUAUCGUAUAACAUAUAAUAACAUAACAGCAAAUACAACAAAUUUAUUAUUAGGUGAAAUAUGUGAUCCAAAUAAAUGGAAUAAUACUAAUGAAUCGAAUUAUACAUGUGUUUUUUGGCAAUAUGGUUAUGAUCCACAAGUAGAUUUAGAUAGUAUUCUUAAUGGUACUGGUAAUCAUUUUAAAUCAUUUAUUAGUUUUGUUAAUCAGCAUCAAUGGAUUCCACAAAUGUUUUCAGCUUUUAUGUUAUUUUGGUUAACAGCUUUUGUUAUUGGAUUUAGUCAAUUAGUUCUUGCUGGUAUUUAUGCACGUUAUUAUUGGGAUCGUGAACGUUUUGGUGUUCCAUGUUCAUCUUUAUGUGCAUCACUUUUUCGUGCACUUGUAUUUCAUCUUGGUACAAUAGCAUUUGGUUCAUUAAUAAUAGCAAUAGUUAAACUUAUUCGUAGUAUACUUGAAUAUAUAGAAGAAAAAGUUAAAGAUAAAACUGGCACUAUUGCUCGUUGUCUAUUCUGUUGUUGUCGUUGUUGUUUAUUUUGUUUGGAAAAAUUUUUAAAAUUUCUUAAUCGUAAUGCUUAUAUUAUAACAGCUAUUUAUGGAACAGGAUUUUUUACAUCGGCACGACGUGCUUUUCAUUUAAUUGUAUCAAAUCCUCUUCGUUUACUUGUUAUUGAUAAAGUAUGUGAUUUUUUAAUAUUUCUUGGUAAAUUAUGUAUUACAGUUGGUAUUGGUAUUCUUGCUUUUUUCUUUUUUACACAUCGAAUUGCACAAGCAGAAAAAUAUGUACCAGAAUUACGAUAUUAUUUUGUACCAUUAUUAUUAAUUAUUAUUGGUACAUAUAUUAUUGCAACAUGUUUCUUUUCAGUUUAUUCAAUGGCUGUUGAUACAUUAUUUAUAUGUGCAAUACAAGACAUACAAUUACAAGAAAAUAAUACCAAUCAUGAAUUAGUAAUGCCAAAAGGAUUGAGAAAAGUAUUUCGAAAAAAAAAUAACUAA